AAGCGUAGGCGCAAGGUCAAAGAGUGUGAGCCCAUGGUCUAUAAUAUCCUUCCAGUGGAAGCGAAGAAAACAACAUACAAAGGCCGGCUAGGAUAUGCGUGUUUGAAUACCAUUCUCCGGGAGACGAAACCGGAGCCUACGUUUUGUAGCAGGACCUGUCGAUUGGCUACUAUUGCGAAGAACGGCCUUGAUUUCGCAAAAGAUCUUGGCAUUCAAAAUGUUAGAGAUCUUAGCAAACUCAUACAGUGGAAUGAGGCGAACAAUAUCCGUUUCAUGCGUAUAUCGUCAGAGUUAUUUCCAUUUGCUUCCCACAGCAAGUAUGGGUAUUCUCUGGACUACGCUGCUACCGAACUCAAGGCUGCAGGCGAUCUUGCCAACUCUCUGGGCCAUCGGAUGACACUACACCCUGGACAGUUUACACAGCUGGGUUCACCGAGGGAGGACGUAGUGGAAGCCUCGGUUCGAGAGCUUCAUUAUCAUUGUUCAAUCCUGCGACACAUGGGCAUGGGCAAGGAUAGCGUGAUCAUCAUCCACAUGGGUGGUAUGUAUGGUGAUAAACCGUCCGCGCUGGCGCGAUUUAAGGAGAAUUACACCUCGAAACUUUCUGAUGAAAUCAAGGCGCGACUGGUCUUGGAAAAUGACGAGAUGUGUUAUAAUGUCGACGAUCUUCUUCCUGUAUGCGAGGAACUUGAUAUCCCUAUUGUGUUUGAUUACCACCACGACUGGAUAUACCCAUCCUCUCAACCAGCUUCAGUCCUCCUUCCGCGAAUCAACGCUAUAUGGCAUCGGAAAGGCAUCAAACCCAAGCAACAUCUCUCCUCACCGCGUCCUGGCGCGGUCACGAUUAUGGAGCGCCGUGCGCACGCACGGCGGUGCAAGGAAUUGCCGGAUGAACUGCAACUAGAAGGCGCGGGAUGGCGAUGGGUCCCAACGACCGGAUCCGACGGCGCUGAACAAGCACAGAGGGAAUGGUUCGAUCUCAUGAUCGAGGCCAAAGAUAAGGAGCAGGCCGUGUUUCAGUUGUACAGGACGUACGGUCUCGAGGACGUCAAUUGGGACAAUUUGAGGCCCGAGCAGGCGGAUGCCAGUGACUCGGAAGGUGCCAAGGUUAGGAAUGAUAAGAGAAAGAAAAUAGACAAGCCUGUAGAUGACACUGUGGCACUCGACGCUCCGGACGAAGAUAUCGCGAUUGAAGUCGAAGCUCCAGACCCCGAGAUAUCUUUCACCUCACUAGAAGAAAAUUCUCAGACGCCCCGCAAGCGUACGAGGGCUUCGACUAAGGUCAAACGGCUAGAUUCACGAUGCGACCGUAGCAUAGCAGAUGCUUCCGACCUAGAUGACAAGACUCUUACUGCGAAAAUCGUAUCGAAUAUUGAGGAAGCCAUUGAGCGAGAUAUAGUGGCCAAGAAAGGAAAGAGGAAGCUUUGAAGCUCGAAGUCGUCUCGUGAGAUCGAGGCAACCUAAUUAUUAGUAUUUAUCAACUAUGUAUCCCUGCGUCUCGACACACUUAAUUCGUGAUCAUUGAACAUAUGAACGUACACCA